AUGAAGGCCGUUCAAAUCCUAGAUGUCUCCUCCCCGCAAGUCACUACCAAUUACUCCAUGGCCAAGCCGAUUCCCCAAAAAGCCGAGAUUCUCAUUCGCGUCCACUCGGCCGGGGUAACCGGCGACGAGAUCUUAUGGCUUCAAUCCUACCCAACCCUAUCCCCCAUCCCUGGACACGAAGUAUCAGGCGUCAUCUCCGCAUUCGGUCCAGAUUACAGCGGCCCUUUGAAACUCCAUCAGGAGGUCUACGCGAUGAUCGCACCGGGCCGAUGCGAAGGCCAGGCUGAUUACGUCCUCUGUCUAGAGGAUGAAGUCGCCCCCAAACCAACUUUGAUAUCUCAUGAGGAAGCGGCCGCUUUACCGAUCCCGAUCCUCACUGCAUGGGAGGCAGUUAUCGAUCAUGGUAAACUCGAAUCUGGUAUGCGGGUUCUCGUCACCGGGGCAUCUGGAGCAGUGGGGACAUUUGCCGUGCAAUUUGCGACUCGGCUGGCUGGUGCGAGCGUGAUUGCGCUGGCUUCAUCCAGAACUCACGAGCAUCUGAAACAACUUGGAGCACACGAGACGAUUGAUUACAACACGCCAAAUUGGGAGAACCGGGUCAGGGGGGUGGACUUGGUCUUUGACACGGUUGGCGGUGAUGUUUUGACCAAAUCGUGGGAAACGGUCAAGGACGACGGUGUGAUUGUGGCUGUUGGGGAUCCGGCACCCUCGUGGGUAGUUGGACGAGGCAAGGCGGUCGAGGCCACCGAGCACCCCAACGUGCGAUACGUGUAUUUCAUCGUCUCUCCAAAUGCGGAGCGAAUGAGCAAGGCAUCUGCGAUGAUUGAUGCAGGUUCUAUCAAGGUUUUGGCAGUGAAGCCAUUCCCGUUCCAUAAGGCAGAAGAGGCUUGGGCGUAUGCCCGGCAGAGGAAUCGGGGAGGGAAGGUUGUGAUUGAUUUCACGGGAGCAGACGAGUCAGAAGCUUAG